AUGGCAGAUAGCUCAGCACCGACAAUCCGUGUCGACCUUGAGCACGACGACUACGAGAAGCUUUCCGCAACAGUAUGGUUCAGCUACGAUGUCUGCGCGCCCAAGCGACCACUACCUUCAAUCUCAGUCCGGGGAGAGAUCCGCACAGAUAGACUCAUCGUCAGACCACUCCUGCCAUCUGAUCUCGAGGCUUUCCAUGAGCUCCGCAAGAUAGGCGAGACGCAGAUUCACUCUACGGCUCGCGGACGUCCUGACAGGGAUGUGGAAGAGACACGGCAGAACCUCGAGCGCUUACAAGCACCACACGACCAGCGCCAUUGGUACUGGGGCGCUUUCUUGGCUUCCACUGGCGAGCUCAUAGGCGAGGCCGGGCUCCCUGACAGCGAGGACCAGCCCACAUCCGGCUGGACUCGAUUCGAAAUCCUAUUAAAGCCAGCAUACUGGCGGCAGGGCUAUGGCACGGAGUUAUUCAAAGCGGUAAUGGAGGCUUGGUGGAAGCUGCCCGGGGAGAAGAGGAGACGUCAGCUUCUGCCCAUGGUGGUAGGGGACAAGGAGCCCGGCGAGGAGGUGCCCGAGGCUAUCGAACUCAUAUGGGAGGCCGAGAACACGGCAGCGCAGAAUUUCUUUACCAAGACGCUUGGGCAGUCGCGCCUCUCGCUUCAGGGCUCCUUCGUGGGUUUUGACUGGCGGGAAGGGCGUGAGGGCAAUCUUGAGACAACGAAAUGCGCCGUAGCUCAGGUCAGACCACUGGUCAGCUGGUCUAUUGAGAUCGACUUCUGCAUCUGCAGAUAA